AUGAUCAUUAAAGACAUCCAGCCUCUCAGUAUCGUGGAGGACACUGGAUUAAGAACAGUAAAGGUUGAGGAGAGAGACCAACAUGAGAAAGAGAAGGCCAAAGCUGAGGUCCAGAAGGUUCCUGCAGCAGGCCCGUCGCAAGGGGAGUGCGAGGCCCUGUGCGAGGCCCUGUGCGAGGCCCUGUGCGAGGCCCUGUGCGAGGCCCUGUGCGAGGCCCUGUGCGAGGCCCUGUGCGAGGCCCUGUGCGAGGCCCUGUGCGAGGCCCUGUGCGAGGCCCUGUGCGAGGCCCUGUGCGAGGCCCUGUGCGAACUCGAAACGCGAGGCCCUGCCCUGACACUUUUUUCCCAGAUCUGA